AUAAGAGUGAAGUCCCCAACUGGUAGAUCGCAUUCCAUAAUCCAAUCAUGCCCUAAACGAAUUUAGAAGAUUCUAGAUGUCAUAGUCAUAAGAUUCUUAUCCGCUGUCACCGACUCUCUUGCCCACUCUAGAUUGGACUUUGUCGCCGAACUCAAAGAAUCAACUCAAUCUUUUCUGGAGUUGGAAGAAUCUGGUUUCAGCGCCGAUGAAAAUCCAUUCAAUUCCUUGUUUGGAAGACAACUACUCUUACCUGAUCAUUGAUGAGAGCACUAAAGAAGCCGCGGUCGUUGACCCUGUAGAGCCAGAGAAGAUUUUGAAUGCUGCUAAUGAACAUGGGGUUCAUCUCAAGCUCGUUCUUACGACUCAUCAUCACUGGGAUCAUUCAGGGGGCAAUGAGAAAAUAAAGCAGCUUCUUCCUGGAAUUAAAGUAUAUGGUGGUUCCAUUGAUAAGGUCAAGGGUUGUACUGAUGCAGUGGAAAAUGGUGAUAAGAUAACACUUGGUGCUGAUGUUGUUAUAUUGUCUCUUCAUACACCUUGCCACACCAAAGGGCAUAUAAGUUAUUACGUCUCUAGCAAAGAGGGUGAGGACGCAGCUGUCUUCACUGGUGAUACACUGUUCGUUGCUGGAUGUGGUAAGUUUUUUGAGGGAACAGCAGAGCAGAUGUAUCAAUCUCUAUGCGUAACAUUGGGUUCAUUGCCCAAGCAAACACGAGUGUACUGUGGCCAUGAGUACACAGUGAAGAACUUGCAGUUUGCUCUGACAGUUGAACCAGACAACGAGAAGAUAAAAGGUAAGUUGUUGUGGGCUCAGGGCGAGCGACAAGCUGGACACGCUACUGUUCCCUCAACCAUUGAAGAAGAAAUGGAGACAAAUCCUUUCAUGCGAGUUGAUCUUCCACAACUUCAGCGGGUUGUGAUCAACAUUGCCUCGUUGAAGUAGAUCUUUCUUCGGAUGAAGUUCUGCAAAAAAGACCUGUAUUCAGGCUACAAGCGAUUCAGAAAUGGCUAUGAGCUUUGAGGGGUGUUUGGGGCGCUGAAUUGGUUAUUAUAGUUAAUGGUUAUAAUAAUUUAUAGGUUAUACUAGUCUAUGUUUGUGUGUAGUCUAUUUUAGUCUGGAUAGGAAAUAGUUAAUAUUGUAACAAAGUGGGAAAGAGGAUGAGCGAAAAAUAGUAAAUACUGUAACAAAAAGGGAUUUAAAACAUUAAUGUUGUAGUUAAUUGUAAGUUAUAAUAGUUGGAAACACCAACUAUUAUAAUUAGAGUUGAGCUAUAGCCUACUCCACCUACUUGAAGUUAGGGACCCAAACAACCCUAAAAUCUUAUCUUACUGAUCAAUCGUCCA